GCCCGAAACACCAACCUCACUGCAAAUACUGAUCAAACACGUGAUUUAUAAAGUUCAAAGAUUUUUCUUUGAAGCUAACGAUUGAAUAUUACAGAAGGGGGGAAAAGAGAGAGGGAGUAAAGACAGAGAGGAAGCUAGUAGUCACACUAAUCCGAACAAAGGGGAACUAUUCUAAGUUACUCUAGAGUUGUACUCAUUGAUAGUCAAUGAAAGCAUCCAGUUCAACACGUUCAGCUCAGUUUUAAGGUGGGUGAAGGAGCUGAGGUCAGCGCUCUGAAACUCGCGGCUUUUGGGACGAAAACAAAAGUAGAAGAAACUAACACUUUUGCUUCUAGCGUCUUGUUCGGAUAAUUCUGAGCGGGUCCCAAAUUGCUACGAUGACAACGAGAAAGGGUUUCUCUUACCAGGAGAUUAAUAAAACAGCCUGGGAAGUACUGGAGAGAUACACAGAGCUGGCUGCUGUAGGCUCAGGAGCCUAUGGAAGUGUUUGCUCAGCCAUCGAUAAUCGAACUGGCACUAAAGUAGCAAUCAAGAAAUUAUACCGACCUUUUCAAUCCGAGUUAUUUGCUAAACGAGCUUACCGGGAACUUCGCCUAUUGAAACACAUGAAACACGAGAAUGUAAUUGGUCUGUUGGAUGUUUUCACGCCAGAUCUGUCUCUGGAGAAACUAAACGAUUUUUAUUUGGUUAUGCCUUUUAUGGGAACAGACCUUAGCAAAUUAAUGAAGCAUGAGAAACUGACUGAAGACCGGAUCCAAUUUCUGGUGUAUCAAAUCUUGAAAGGCCUAAAGUACAUCCACUCAGCAGGGAUCAUCCAUCGGGAUCUUAAACCUGGGAAUCUGGCCAUCAAUGAAGACUGUGAACUGAAGAUUCUAGAUUUUGGAUUGGCAAGACAUGCAGAUCAAGAAAUGACUGGUUAUGUAGUUACCAGAUGGUACCGUGCCCCAGAGGUAAUACUGAACUGGAUGCAUUAUACUCAGACAGUUUAUGUAUUUACAGUUGAUAUUUGGUCUGUUGGCUGCAUCAUGGCAGAGAUGAUUACAAGCCGGCCUCUCUUUAAAGGCAUUGAUCAUUUAGAUCAACUGACAGAAAUCAUGAAAAUAACAGGCACACCCACACAAGAUUUUGUUCAGAAGCUGCAGAGUCAAGAGGCUAAAAAUUACAUCAAAAGUUUACAAAGGGUUCCCAAAAAAGAUUUUAAAGCUCUGUUUGCAAGUGCAAGUCAAGCAGCUGUCAACUUAAUGGAAAAAAUGCUUGUACUCGAUGCAGAGAAACGAAUAACUGCUGCAGAAGCUUUGGCUCAUUCUUAUUUUGAGCAGUAUCGAGAUCCUGAAGAAGAGACUGUGGCAAUGCCAUAUGACGAUAGUUUUGAUAACAUGGAUUGCACUAUUGAAGAAUGGAAAUGUCAUACUUAUAAAGAAGUGAUUAACUUUAAACCAUCAACUGGAAUACCAGAAUCAAAAGAAACAGCGGUGUAACACUGGAAUCAUAGCUAGAAUACAGAAGUAGUAUAUAAUUGUGGAAUGAGCAGCCAGCUCUGAAGACAUUAAUUCAUUUAGUUACUUGUUGUUUCAAUGUUUUGAAAAAAAAAGUACGCAAUUUUAAAUUUAUGUCUACAGUUCAGUGUAACUUUGUGUUUUGAAGGUCAAACUCUGCACCAGCAUUUCUUGGAAAUACUUCAGUAUUGUAACAUUUUUAAAUACUUGUGAUUUUAGGCUGAAAUGUCUCCAGACAAUAAUGGAGUGAAAAAAAGGCAAAAGCAAUCUUGUUCCUACUCUGAAUUUUUUCAUGGUGCUACAUAAAUUCAGAAGUUGGUGUAUCAUCAGAGGAUAGUUUCUCAUGACUACAUUGUCUGCAGCCACUUGUGUACUCUCUUUAAUUGGUGUAUAAUGUCUUUAAUCAUCAUUCUUUAAGUGACGUUAGUAAGAUAAUGUAGAGUCAAUGUUAAUGUUGGUUGUGUUAAAAUAAUAACAAACACAUAAGGGUAUUGUAAGAUAAUUAAUCUAUUCUCAAUCCCAUUAUAACUAUUCUCACACACUAAUUAGAGGAUAUUACCGAAGGUUACAUUUUUAAAAUCCUUGACCAAAACUGACCAUUAGAACUGGGCUAGCAUACAGCACUGACCAAUCGUGUGGGAUUUCCCACUCCAAGCAAACUAGUUCAGUUUUUCAUUAAUCAAGCUAAUAAUGGUAGUUCACUCAUAAUUUACAAACUGUAUUUCAAGCGAAUAUGAAAUUAACAGUAUAACUCCAUUAGGUGAACAAAAAAAACCAAAGAACUGCAGACACUGGAAAUCAGAAACAAAAUCACAAAUUGCUGGAAAAACUCAGCAGGUGUGGUAGCAUCUGUGGAAAGAAAGCAGAGUUAACAUUUCGGGUCCAGUGAUCCUUCUUCAGAACUUGUUGAUGCUGAAUUUUUCCAGCGAUUUGUGACUUUGUUUCUAACUUAAUUAAGGUGCUGUUUGUUCCACUCAAAUGGCUCAAAGACCAGCAUAUGUGUUACACUGAACAUUCCUCUCAAUCAGCUGUUGGAAAUCUGCACUCUGAACAGGGUACAGUGCGACCUUUUGGAACUGGCCAAAUAAUUAUGUGUCUCUUUAAUCAGAUUGAAGAAUUGUUAUCUCACUGCACAGAGUUUGAAUCAGGAUGUGUCAGUUAUAAAAUUAAAUCCAAUGUCAAAUCAUCUACAGAAAGAAUAAGAGAAAUACCCAUAAGAUUUAGGAGCAGAAGUCAAUACAGCCCAAAUCUACUGUCCCAUCCUGAGCAAUCAUGGCUGAUCUGAUAAUGCUCAAUUUCAUUUUCUUGACUUUUCCCCAAAGACAGAGAUUUAGAACAUAGAACAGUACAGCACAGAACAGGCCCUUCAGCCCACAAUGUUGUGCCGACUCUUUGAUCAGUAAAGGAAUCAGUUAUCUCAGCCUUGAAUAUGCUUAAUGAUGCAGCCUCAACAGUUCUGUCACAAAGAAUUCAACACAGUCACCACCUUCUGAGAGAAGAAAAUCCUCCUUAUCUCUCUUUUAAAUGUGUAACCUGUUAUUCUGAGAUUAUGCUCUCUGGUCCUAGACUCUAUUACAAAGGGGAAAAAUAGAGAGAAGGAAUGUAAAACUGGAUGAUGAGAGACAGAAAGAAAAAGUAAAACUUAUCUGAGUGUCCAUUAAUAAUUAAUAUCUGAAGAAAUGAGACCCACAUUUAUUAAAGCAGAUUUCCAGCACUGGAGGGAUUGAUGACAAUUAAAAUUUAAAACACCAUUAAAACAUACUUGUUUUCCACCACUCUCUGUAUUUCAAUGCCAAGAUCCUUUAGAUAACUUUCUGUUGCAGCUUCUGGAGGAGAAGGGUAUCUUGGACAGUAACUUCCUUUUAUGCACUUAACUGAUGUGCAACUGUUGGAAAUUGCUUUCUAAUUUACAUGAAUAGUAAUGAUAAAGUUCAUUGCAACUUCUACCACAAAAUCCACCAUAUUUUCUCUCAAACUAGUGAAAGCAUACUUCAACAAUUUCCUCAGGGAUGCCAUCUAGUUAUUUAUGGUAACUUUUCUGUGUUUCCUUGUAAACUGUGCUAUACAUUAUCUGGUAUUGCAUGUAGACACUCACCCACUGUAACUAGCCUUGUGAACUUAUGGCAGUAGCAUAAAAACACUUUCUAAAGGAGCAAUAUUGACUGAAUUGUAAUAAAUUAUGAACUGUAAUGCAAAGAAACCAUGAGAAGUUAAAACAUUAAAAUAUUUUUAAAAUUUGAGGAA